UUGAAAAAUCUAGCCGCACCAAAAAUUGUUCAGUGCGCGGAAGAAGCAGCGUCCCCUUUAUCCUAAAGAUCUGCAUUUGCAACUUAUUAUUUUGUGCAUCAUCGUACGUAGUGUAGUGUUAAGACCAUAGCAGAUCUCGUCUGCGAGUGAACGAGCGACCUAAGGGAAAGAGCCCGUGCCGCAGCGCUUGUGUGGAACAGUCCGUGUGUCGUAGUGCACAACAAAGUAGCAAUGGCGGAGAACAGCGGCGCUAAACGAGAGGGUGGUAAGAAAAUUACCAUCUCGGUGAAAACACCAAAAGAUAAGAAGCUGGUUGAGGUCGACGAGGAUGCUGAAAUUAAAGAUCUUAAACUGGUGGUUGCGGAAAAGUUCGACACGAAUCCGGACCUCGUAUGUCUGAUUUUCGCCGGAAAGAUUAUGAAGGAUACCGACACGCUCCGGACACACAACAUCAAGGAGGGCCUCACGGUGUAUCUGGUCAUUAAGGCGGCCUCGCGCUCGGACAACGAAGGACCCCGGCGAGCACCGGCCGAUGUGGGCCAGACACCGUUCGGAUUGAAUCAACUGGGCGGAUUGGCGGGCAUUAGUGCACUAGCUGGUAAUCAGACCAACUUCAUGGAUUUGCAAUCGCGGAUGCAGCACGAACUGCUCGAUAACCCAGACUUGAUGCGCACCGUGCUGGACAACCCGCUCGUGCAGCAGAUGAUGAACAGUCCGGACACGAUGCGCCAGAUACUGACCUCGAACCCGCAGAUGCAGGAGCUGAUGCAGCGUAACCCGGAGAUAUCGCACAUGCUCAACAACCCCGAGCUGCUUCGGCAGACGAUGGAGCUGGCCCGUAACCCUUCGAUGCUGCAGGAACUGAUGCGCUCGCACGAUCGUGCCAUUUCGAACCUGGAAAGUGUGCCCGGAGGGUACAGCGCACUGCAGCGCAUCUACCGGGACAUCCAGGAGCCCAUGAUGAAUGCCACGUUCCGCAAUCCGUACUCGGAUUCGGGCAGCGCCACCGGUGGCGGUGCGAACCCUCAGCAGGGCACGGAAAAUCGCAGCCCGCUGCCGAACCCAUGGAGUGCAGGUGGCAGCAGUGGUAGUGGUACGGCUCGCAGUGGUGCGGCCGGUGCCGGCGGUGCUACGACCGAUGCGGCCGGAACGCCGCUCGGGCUGCUCAAUACGCCAGCGAUGCAAAGUUUGCUGCAGCAGAUGAGCGAUAACCCGUCGAUCAUGUCGAACAUGCUUAACUCGCAGACCACGCGUAGCAUGAUGGAGGCCCUGUCGGCCGACCCGGCGAUGGCAGCGAACCUGAUGAGCCAGAAUCCGCUACUGGCCAACAAUCCGGCAUUGCAGGAGCAGAUGCGUACCAUGAUGCCGCAGCUGCUGCGCCAGAUGCAAAACCCGGAGGUGCAGCAAAUGGUCACCAAUCCGCAGGCACUGAACGCUAUUCUGCAGAUUCAGCAGGGUAUGGAGCAGUUGCGCUCGGCUGCCCCAGGCCUAAUGUCUUCGAUGGGCAUUCCGCCGAUGCCGGGUGCGCCGCCGACCACCGGCACCACUACGAGCGGCUCCACUGGAACAACUACCACGAAUGCGGGCGCUAGAUCUGGCCUACCGCCAAACAAUGAAGCCCUAUUCUCGGAGUUUAUGGCCCGCAUGGUCGGCGGGAUGGCAUCUGGGACAGCCGAUACGAACAUUCCACCGGAGGAGCGUUACCGAUCGCAGCUCGAGCAACUGGCGGCGAUGGGCUUCGUCAACCGGGAGGCCAACCUGCAGGCCCUGAUCGCUUCGUUCGGUGACAUCAAUGCGGCCGUCGAACGAUUGCUGGCACUCGGUCAGCUCUCGUUGAGCUAACAAUGUGCGCAGUUUUAAUAGACAGGACUAACGUUGGGGAAGGAAGAAGGACGUAGUGAGAAAGAGUGGAGCCCUCCAAAUUGUUGUCCCCCGCUCGGUGCUGUUACUGUUUUGGCUCAUUUCUGCCAUCCCUGUGACGAAAUGGAGCGGAGGACAAAAGCGAUGAAUGAUUUUAUUUUGGCUCCUCUUUUUCUGUUGCGUGUGAAUGAAUGGGCUGAUUCGAAUGCAAGGAUGAAUUCCUUUUUUUUAGCAAAACUCUUUAAAACAUAUUAGCAUUUCUGUUGUUUCGUCUGGUUUUCUUAUACUACAUGUGCAAGGAGAAGAUUUUCUAAUUCGAUGAUUCAAUAAGUGUUUGCGUGAGAUAGAGUGAGAGUGUGUGAAUGGAUGGGCAAUGGGGAUAGUAUCUCUUUUUUUCUGUAAAAGCUGCUUCUUUAAAAGAUACACUAUAGUCGUUCCCUUCCACAAUCUCUCUAUGUGUAGUUUGAGACGCUUGGCGUUGUUUUCUGGAUGUUUCAGUAGGGCCUCAUCAAGACGAGCUUUCGGUGGAAGGUCGGUGUGUAAUAGAUGGCCCGUUUUUAAUCCUACAGCAAUGGAGCAAGAUUACGGGAACUAUACAUAAGCAGAACGCUGGAGGUAUGAAGCAAUUGAGUCAACAUCAUUGCUGUAAUGGAAUCAUAAGCGAUUUGUAGUCAGCAACAGCAAGAGAAACAGCAGAGAAACAAGGACGACGCGAACAAGAAAACCUCUAGGUUUAGCGGGGAUAAAGGAAGACGGAUGGUAGUAGGAUAACUAUUUACUAGGUGAAUAGGUUAACAUUAAAUUACCCAGCAAAGCAAAAGAAAAAACAACACCACACCGUUACAACGUGUUUCGGGUGCGUAAGGAUUAACGUUGAUGAACUAUUUCUUGACUUCUCUUAAACCACACCUGCUUGUGGCACAACAAACCAAUCUGUACCCCGCAGCGUCAAUAGGAAACAGCCAAGUUUUGGUAGAAACACAAACUUUGUAACAAGCAUAGGAGCAAAACAUAGAACUGGAGGUUCCACAUUAAACGAGAAUAAUACAUCUUCAUUUCCUGGGCUGCGGAAACACAGAUCACGCAAAAUUAUUGAACAGGGUAAAUCGGACGGAGCUCAUAGCUGGCAGCAUGGAGAUGGACAGAGUAGCAUGAAAGUGAAGCAUAUUAUUGAAGAGACCGCCGCGUGCACCCUAUUCCUUUUCCUCCACGAUUACCCUUUCCCGCAAGGGUGCGCCAGAAGGCAGCCUCGUGCAGCGAUUUGUAGGACGCCAGCAACUAUAUAUAGACAUAUAUACAACUAUUCAUAGUAUAUUCAAUAAAAUGUUAAAUCAACUGGAAUGUAUCGUUUGAGUUGUUCUAUUAUCUUCUCCCUAAUAUUCUGUUUGGUGCAUUUAAAAGGAAAUAAAAUAAUUCAAAUAUUCAAGAGAAAUCAAAACAAAAAUUAGACUUGAGGGGAUUCAUUCUCUAGCUGCAGAAUAACAAAGGAAAUCUUGUUGGAUACACGAAUAAUUUUUUUUUAAUGUAAACAUAUAAAUGUAAAUUUAUUGCGUUAUUCCAAGUAGUCCAUUAGGAACAAAUAAACAAUAAAUGCAUGU